GACCUUUGCACUGUGCCUGCAGAUUUGAGAUUAUGCUGGUCCACCACAGAUGGCAGGGAUUGUGGAUGUCAGGAAGACGAUUGCUGGGAAACAAACUGUUCCUCAGCUCAGCUGCACUAGCAGCACGACGCAGAGUCAGCGUCCCAUGCCUCUCUGCUGGUAGCAUACACCUCUGGUCAUCAUCAUACAACCAUCACAGAUCAAGAACCACGGCUCCUGUCCGCACUACCUGCCGUCUGAAGGUGGUGCGGUGGUGGUGUAGGCCUAGCCAGGCGAGGUUCUACUGUAGUAUAACAGAGAGUGAAGUGAGGAGGAGAGUGGAGGAUAUAUCUGCUCUCUUCUUUGAGGCUCGGGAACUACUGGGCGAUGCUAGGGCAUCAGCCAACACAGUGUAUUUCAAUGAAGACAUGCAAGAUGCCAGGAUAGCUGUGGAGGAAGCUGUUGGACAGUACAACAACCUACUGAGCAUGCUCAGUGAGACCCAGAGUCGGAGUGUAGUGGCAACCAUAGGUCUAAAGAUGGAGGAACUGAAGGCACAACUGGCGGCCAUUACUGAGGAAAUGGAAGACUCCUAGCACAGAAGUUUAACCCCCGUUUUUUUUGGUAUUUUAACCACCAUAAAAAACGCGCGUGCGCGUAUUAUUAACGUGCGCGUGCGCGAAAAGGUGUAUAGUCUCAGGAUGAAGACGGUGGUGGUGUUGGGAGGUGGGAUUUCGGGUCUAGCGGCUGCCUGGAGACUAAGUCAUCGUGCCAAGGGCCUCAAUGUGGUGUUGGUGGAGGGGAGUGGUAGAGUUGGGGGAUGGAUGCAGAGUGUGAGGACAGACGAGGGAGCAGUGCUGGAGCUGGGCCCGCGCAGUCUGCGGACUGCCGGACCUGCUGGCAGAAACACUCUCUCCCUAGUGAGUGAGGUGGGGCUGGGUGGAGAGGUUCUGGCCGUGCCUACCUCCCACAAGGGAGUGAGCCGUCGUCUCAUCUUCACCUCGGCUCACGGCCUGGUGGAGCUCCCCUCCUCCCUCUCCUGGCUGUUCCGUACCAGACUGCCCUUCUCAGGACCUCUGCUCCCGACUGUUCUCGCAGAGAUAUUCAGACCGAGGCGCAAGGGCACAGAGGAUGAGAGUGUGUAUGAUUUCAUCAGUCGGAGACUUGGAAGUGAGAUCGCAGACUAUGUGAUAGACCCAAUGUGUCGAGGGAUAUUUGCAGGCUCUGCCCGCACCCUGAGCAUGCGGUCUGCGUUCCCUGCCGUCCACCAAUAUGAGGCCAGCCACGGGACUGUAGUGGGCGGGGCUCUCAUGACCAAACCUGAUCCCCUGCCAGACUCGGCCCCUGAGCUGGUGAAGCAGGCAGUGAGAGAGAAAUGGGCCAUCUACACUCUCCGCUCUGGUCUCCAGUCCCUCCCUCUCGCCCUGCUGUCCACUCUGGAGGAGAGAGGGGUCAAAGUACAUCUCGGAACGCCCUGCACUGCCAUAAACUUCAGGGACCAGUCAGCCCAGGUGGUGUGUGGAGACUCAGUGCUGGACACUGACCAUGUUAUAUCAGCCAUUCCUUCACAUGCUCUGUCUGGACUGCUGUCUGAGGACCUCUCCCCUCUCUCCCAUCACCUCCUCACCAUCCCCACUGUCACUGUGGGUGUGGUCUGCCUGGAGUUCAAAGGUCGUGUGCUACCACCACAGUAUGAGGAGGCGUUUGGGUACCUGGUGCCGAGUCACCAGCCAGCCUCCAUUCUGGGAGUGGUGUUUGAUUCCUCCACCUUCCCCCAACACAACAGACCCGACCUACCCUCCACCAGAUGUACUGUGAUGUUGGGAGGGGAGUGGUUUGACACACUCGGGGAUGACCCCGGUAAUAUCGGGACUGAUGACAUCAUCAGAAUAGCCCUCGACUCAAUGAGAGAUCAUUUGGGUGUCACAGACGAACCGUCCAACAUGGUGGCCAGGAUACACCAGAACUGUAUUCCACAGUACCAGCUUGGACACAGCCAGAAACUUGAUACCAUCAGUGACCUCAUUCAGGAGAAGGCGGUCCCUCUGUCACUGGUAGGGAUGUCUUAUCACGGAGUCAGUGUCAAUGACUGCAUUCACAAUUCAUUCACUGCUGUCGACCGACUCUUAGCCCAUGUCUAGUCAUUAUUACUGAACCACUGACUCCAAUCACAUGUGUAGAAAUUUUUACAUUUUCUUGAUUGACUUAGACUGGGCAAUGGGGCAUCCAUAAUGUGUAAAGUAUAAGGGAAUGUAGGGGAAAGUUCAUGUUUUAUCAUUAGUUCGUUCUGUCAUUUCUUCGGCGACGACCUCCAUUGCUUCUUCCUCUCUUCCCUCUCCCUCUCUUCCUCCUCCCCCUCCACCUCCCUCCCCGC